AUGAGAAGCGCCGUUGUGUCCGCGUUGCUCAGUGUCUGGUGCGCUACUGUAGCCGCCUUGCCGAGCUAUGCGUCAGACAGAAACAAACUAGACCUUCUAGCAGGCGGCAACGGCGUCGAACGCCGUGCGGUGGGCCCUCGAUACGGACCAGAUCUCAACAUCUACUUUGUUGCAAGCCCGGCUCCAGGCGCAGCUUUUGACCAGAAUUCGAUCGCUUACAUUGCUAGAUUCCAAGCUCAUGUUGACCAUCAGACUAACGGUAUGAGUAUCUACAAGCCAAUGCAAGGCAUCAGAGCAAAGUGGGAAUCUUCGAACGAAUCAAAAACCAAUGGCGAUCUGCUCGAGCAUUGCUACACAAGCGAGCAACGCGCAACUUGUACACGUCGCAAAGCUAAUGUGCUUCAGUAG